AUGCCCUCUAGAAAUACAAAGGCGAUCACUCGGAUUGCAAUCAUCGGUGUUGGCCAGGUCGGCGCGGCUGCUGCUUAUGCGCUGAUCUUAAGCUCCGUCGCUAGUGAACUGCUCUUGGUCGAUAUCAAAACUGACUUGAGAGACGGCCAGGUCCGGGAUCUUUCCGAUGUAAGCUACAGUUGCAAUAGCGGAACGCGUGUCCGAGCAGCCACACACAAAGAAGCAAGCCAAUGCGAUAUUGUGGUUAUCACGGCCGGGUCAAAGUCGUACAGAGGUGAAACUAGCGUUCAGCACAUGUGGCAGAAAAUUGCCAUCAUUGAGAGCAUCAACAAUGCAAUGAAGCCAUUCGAAUCAGGCACAAUCUUACUCAUCGUGGCAAACCCUGUCGACCUUCUCACUUCCUUCGCCCAAGAGCACUCUGGACUUCCAGCAUCUCAGGUGCUGGGCUCAGGAACCUUUCUCGACUCAGUAAGGCUUCGUGGAAUAUUAGCAGACAAAGCCGGAGUAUCCGCUAGUUCGAUAGACCUGCAGGUAUUGGGCGUGCACGGGGAGUCACAAGUUGUUGCGUGGUCGAAUGCAACACUUUGUGGAGUCCCGAUCGACAAAGCGCUCCCCAGCAACAGUUUCAACCCCACUGACCUUGCCAACGAGUGUAAACAAAGAUCGCAAAAGAUUAUCCAAGCUAAAGGAAAAAUAUCUUUUGGAAUCGGCUCCGCCAUAUCCAGAAUCUGCGCUUCCAUUAUAUUCGAUAGGCGAAAUGUCUACCCUAUUAGCCAUUUCCAGCCGGAAUGGAGUUGCUGUUUCAGCUUGCCGGUGGUUCUUGGAAGAAGUGGAAUCAUAAGAACUGUCCAAAUGCCAAUGAAUAGAGACGAGAAGGUCAAUAUGGACGAUUCGGUGAAGUUACUAAGCGCAACACUCAAGCGGAUCCGUAAGGAUCAGUAA